AUGUGUGAUCAGCCAGAUGAGAUCAGGCUCAAGCCAACCAAGGACGGCUCUUUCAUUCGGCCUGACAGCGCCUUUCGCAGUUUCGUAUUAAACGAUCCCGAUUCUCAGUUCCCCGCUGAGAGAGAUCGCUAUGUUCUUUAUUUGAGCCCAGGAUGUCCAUGGUCUCAUCGCGCCAUGAUCGUGAGAAGCCUCAAGAAACUCGAGAAUAUAAUCGACCUAUACAUCUGCUCACUCACUAUGGGCAAAGAUGGUUGGUUUUUCGAUGACAGCCCAGAAGCUGCCAAGUAUGGUGUGCUCCCCAAGGAUCCAUUAUAUGGCCUCGACACGUUGAAGCAACUGUAUCUCAAGGCCAACCCAAACUAUGAGGGUCGAUACACUGUGCCCGUCCUUUGGGAUAAGAAAACUCACACCAUGGUGAGCAACGAGUCGAGUGACAUCAUUCGGAUGCUGUACACGGAGUUCGACCACCUUCUUCCGGAGGAAGAUCGUGAAACAAAUAGAGCUGGAGGCGGUUUCUACCCUGAUGAUUUGCGCGAGAAGAUUGAUGAAAUCAAUGAAUGGGUCUACAAUACUGUCAACAAUGGCGUAUACAAGACAGGAUUUGCCAUGUCUCAAGCUGCAUAUGAAGAGAACGUCGUAAAGCUCUUCGAGUCACUCGAUCGACUGGAGAAAAUACUCGAUGAAGGUCCCUUUCUUCUUGGCAAGAACAUCACCGAAGCUGAUAUCCGUCUGUUCCCAACCAUCCUCCGUUUUGACGUUGCUUACGUCCCUAUUUUCAUGUGCAACCUUGGAACCAUCAGGGAUCACUAUCCGAAUUUGCAUCUUUGGCUGAGAAGGCUUUACUGGGACAGUAGUUCCAGAACUCAUGGUGCGUUUCGAAAGACCUCUGAGACUUGGCUUGAGAAAUAUAAGACCGGUUAUGCAAAUGCUAGACGAAGGAUUCUUGGUAUCACUGGGCCAGAGAUUGUUCCCAAGGGGCCUCUUGUGUUGAUCCAUGAGUUGGAGGACGGGGAGAGACUUUAG